GCUGCGCUAGGCUGAGCAGAGAGCUGGCCGCUGGGCGCGCGAACCUGGCCAUUCAGCCACCGCUGUCCCCGCUGUCCCCGCUGUCCCUGCCGCGCGCCCUCGCGCCUCUGUCUGAGAAGACACGCGCUGUUUCUCCACGCCCAAGAAAAGAUGGCAAAGGUGGCUAAGGACCUCAACCCAGGAGUGCAAAAGAUGUCCCUGGGCCAGCAGCAGUCAGCAAGAGGUGUGGCUUGUCUGAGAUGCAAAGGGAUGUGUACGGGCUUCGAGCCACAUUCGUGGAGGAAAAUAUGCAAGUCAUGCAAAUGCAGCCAGGAGGACCACUGCCUCAGCUCCGACCUAGAAGAUGACCGGAAAAUUGGCCGCUUGUUGAUGGGCUCCAGGUACUGCACCCUCACAGCCCGGGUGAAAGGCGGGGACGGCAUCCGGAUUUACAAGAGGAACCGCAUGAUCAUGACUAACCCCAUUGCUACUGGCAAAGACCCCACCUUUGAUACCGUCACCUACGAGUGGGCUCCCCCGGGCGUCACCCAGAAACUGGGCCUGCAGUACAUGGAGUUGAUCCCCAAGGAGAAGCAGCCAGUGACAGGCACCGAGGGCGCCUUCUACCGCCGGCACCAGCUCAUGCGUCAGCUCCCCAUCUACGACCAGGACCCCUCUCGCUGCCGUGGACUUUUGGAGACCGAGCUGAAGGCCAUGGAAGAAUUUGUCAAGCAGUACAAGAGCGAGGCCCUCGGGGUGGGCGAAGUGGCUCUCCCGGGCCAGGGCGGCCUGCCCAAGGAGGAGGGGAAACCACAGGAAAAGCUGGAGGGUGCAGAGACCACUGCCCCGACCACCAAUGGCAGCCUGGGAGAGCCAUCCAAGGAAGUGGAGUCUGUGAGCUCUGCAAGGGAGUGGUCCCAGCCGACAGCCCUGUGGUCUACUCGGACCGGGCCGGGUACAGCAAGCAGUGGCACCCCGCCUGCUUCGUGUGUGCCAAGUGCUCCGAGCCCCUGGUGGACCUCAUCUACUUCUGGAAAGAUGGCGCACCCUGGUGUGGCCGCCACUACUGUGAGAGCCUGCGACCCCGGUGCUCGGGCUGUGAUGAGAUCAUAUUCUCGGAGGACUACCAGCGCGUGGAGGACCUGGCCUGGCACCGGAAGCACUUCGUGUGUGAGGGCUGCGAGCAACUGCUGAGUGGCCGGGCCUACAUUGUCACCAAGGGCCAGCUCCUGUGCCCAACUUGCAGCAAGUCCAGACGCUCCUGAAGUGCUGCCCACCCCCAGCCAGGGUUCCCUGGACCGCACCAGGACACCGAGGCCAUCCUGAGGCUGAGGCAACAGCCAGCAGGCAACAGAAACAAGAGUUUCCUCCCAGCGGGAAUGUGUGCAUCCAUCCUAAGUGGAGUGGUGGUGGAUCCUGGAGGGUCAGUGGUUUAAUACCAAGAAAUAUUCUGAGAAGUUGUAGGAUGGAGUUAUUUGUGGUGGCUUCCCUGCUACAACCAACUAAAGACACCACUGGCAUCCUACAAGGGAGCCAGAAGGAAUGUCCCAUGAUGCAAUUCUGAGGGAGCCAAUCCCGUAGCUAUAGGAUGGUGGACACGGGAGCCCCUCCAGGGCAGGCUGGGAUCUUGACUCUCACUUGUUGCCUCUUUUUCCAGUGGAAUUUGAAUUUUAAAUAAACAACUUUUUGGCAUGAUAAAUGCAUCAAUAAAAGUUUCAUGAAAUCCACACACAACUUUAUCAUAUCAUUUACACUAUGACAGCUGAUUUUGAACCUUGUAACCCUGGAGUCUGGUGCUGGCAGGAAGUGCUGUCUCCUCAGACUUCCAUGGGAUAUAGCUUCUUGGGGUAGAAAGCCCCCUUCUCCCCCCACCCCCACAAUGCUCCCAGGUCACUGACAGAAACGCGUGUCCUCGCCUCACCGUGUCCCACAAGUGGCUUCUGGGAGCUGAGGAUCUUUUGAGUCACAGAUCUGACUCAGCUGCCCUCCGGGUCUAGGCUGGGAAUGAGACCAGGUAGAGUGUGGGGGAACUGCCAAGGCCACCAGAGCUCAACCAAGGAGUGCCACAUGGGACAGGGCGACCAGUGUGCACAGACCAUUAUGAAUACA